CUGUUGUAGUUGCCAGUGAAACAAGGAGAGGUUCCAGAGGCAUGGCCUGUCAAGCCUGUUGAUGUGUGGGACCAGAACCAUGUCAGAAUGCCUCAUUCUCCCUCUAGUCUCUAUCCUGUCACACCCACGGAGCUGCGCACAAGGUGGGAGUUGGUGGAAGAGUCUCUCCGAACCACCAUCAACAAUAGUGAUCAGCUGCAAGCGGCCGUACUGCACUACAACUCCAAGUACAGUGAUCGCUGGGACUUCCACCUCAUGCACUCCUUCUUCUCUCAGGCACUGGAAGAAGAGGAAACAGAAUACUUUUUCAAGAUUGUGCUGCCAAAGAUCAUAAAGCUGGCCCUGAGUCUGCCCAAGGUAGUGACAGGAGGAGUGCCGCUGUUGAGGCAGCACCACACACACAGUAUCAGCCUGUCUCAGUAUCAGGUCAGCUGUCUGCUGGCCAACGCAUUCCUGUGUACCUUUCCACGCCGCAACACCACCAAGAACAAUUCUGAGUACAGCUCUUUUCCCUACAUCAAUUUCAACAGAUUAUUCAAUGGAGAUUUUGCCAAAGAUGCUAGAAUUCCUUGUCUUCACGAGAAACUGAAAUGUUUGAUCAACUAUUUUCGAAGAGUCACUAGUAAAGUCCCAGAUGGAGUGGUGACAUUCUCUCGACAUCAUGUGUCCUCUGGUGAAUUGCCUGAGUGGAGCAGUCUGUCAGUGAAAUUGCCCAACUUGUAUAUCUCUAGUGAAGGCACCAUUGAGGAUCAAGGAUAUGGCAUGCUGCAGAUGGACUUUGCCAACAAGAUGGUGGGUGGAGGCGUGCUGGGCCGUGGGUGUGUUCAGGAGGAGAUUAGGUUUGCCAUUUGUCCUGAACUGAUCCUUGCUCGACUCUUUGCUGAGGUUCUUACUGAUACCGAAGCUCUUAUAAUCAAUGGCUGUGAAAGGUUCAGCAUGUAUAAAGGGUAUUCGGACAACUUUGAGUGGGCUGGCAACUUUGAGGACCAGACUCCAAGAGACAGUUUUGGCCGAAGAUACUGUACUGUGGUGGCUGUGGAUGCCACAAGAUUUCCCAAUCCAAAGGUCCAAUACUCAGCCAACAAUAUCAACAGGGAACUCAACAAAGCAUAUGCUGGCUUCUCAUGGGGAAUGAAAAGUGAUGGUCAUGAAGCUGUUGCAACAGGCAACUGGGGUUGUGGAGCAUUUAAUGGUGACGCAUGUCUCAAGUCCCUUCUACAGCUAAUGGCCGCUGGUGUGGCGGGUCGUGAUGUUGCAUACUUCACCUUCAGUAACAAGGAACUUCGGGACCAAGUUGCAAACAUGCACAACUUUCUUACUCAGCACCAAAUAACUGUUGGUUGUUUGUGGAAGAUCCUGACUUGCUACAGUCCACUGCAGCAUCGUCACAGUCUCUACGGCCACAUUUACAAGACAGUCAGUGGCGACCCAAUUCCAUCAUCCUUGAACUGCAAGCCUCAUUUUACUCCAAAUAAACCAAGGCUUAAAGACAAGAGUAAAGAUAUCCAAAUAGAGAAACCUGCCAAAAGCAGCAAUGAGCAAAAACUUAGCAUUGAUGAGAUUGAACAGGAGUUGGAAAAUGUGAAAGAUUCAAUCCAAGAGGAAAAUGAACAAGGCGUCAAACCUCUUGAAGCAAAGACUUUAAACGUUCACAAUGAUAAAGAGCUUUGUCUCAAGAGGCUAAGUAGCAGCUGGAACAACUUAAAUGAGUCCAAGAAAGAUUUUGGACCGAGUGAUCAUUCAAGGACAUCUGAACUUAAGAAUGAUACUAGGCAAGUUACAGAUUCUUCUAAAAGUAUCACUAAAAAGAAGAAAAUAUCAGAUUACUUUCAACCAGCAUCUAAAUCAUAAAGCUCAUUAUUGCCAUUUUAAAUAUUGUAUAUACCUUGUAAAACUUGUAAA